AUUCAUUCCCACUUUAUUCUCUCUCUCUUUUUUUUUUUCUUUCUUUUUCAUUAUCUUUCUCUUUCUCCUUUUCUUUUUUUUUUUCCCCCAUUUUUUUCUCUUACUACGCCGCCCAAAUCUCCUAAUCCACACCUCAAUCACCGACCAGGGCAUAAGAAAUUCCAAAGCUAAAGUGUGUUGAAUCAAACUCUUCUCUGUUAUUAGCUUUUGAGGCACCCAUUAAUGGUUUUGGUUUUCGGAGUGGGAUCUUCGGAUUGUUUGAUCAUCUGGAUUUGCUCUUCUGGUGCCGAAGGAUCCAAAUUUUAUCACUAAUUGAGGUGGUUUCUGUCGAGCUAAACCAUAAGAUAAUUAUGGCUAUUGAGAGAAAGGAAGCUGUGCUAUAUAUUGGAAAAGUUCUGAGAUUUUCCGUCAGAUUAAGCUACAGAUCCGUUUGCGAUCAUCCCAUUUUUUUCUGUAUAGGCUUUUUGCUAUUGUUAUUGUACAGAUCUUUUCCUUCUUUAUUCUAUUUUCUGCUUUCUUCUUCUCCUGUAAUUGUAUGUACUACUCUUCUUCUCGGAGUCCUUUUAAGCUGUGGAGAAUCACGUAUUCCUGAAAUUGAAGAAGAAAAGGAACAAGAUUACAAUUAUGACGAGAAAACUUCAUUGCUCAAAGUUGGGACUUCUAAUAAUAACACGGAUGAGAUCUUUACAGAACAAACCUAUACAGGAAGCACAGCGAAAGUGACGUAUUCGAGUGAAGAAAGGGCUGAUAAAGAGUUUGGGAUUGAGGGAAAAGUCGAUGAAGAAAGAGGACACUGUGAUCAGGGAAUUGGUGAGAAGAGAGAGCUUUCUGAAGAGAACCCAGUUGAAGAAGCGGCACGAGUGGGUGAAGACGUUGGUUGCUCUUCAAGUGUAAAUGGAAAUCCAGCUGAAGGUCCAAAUAUUGAUGGUCGCUAUAGUUUCUUAGAUUCUGAGCCCGAUCUCCCAUUGAGUUCUUAUCCUAAUCCCUCUAUGGUUGAUCUCACUCUAAUGCAUGAUCAAAAGCCUAAAGUUAACGAAGGCGGAGGAGGAGAAGGAAAAGAAGAAGAUCAGAAGAGUGUGAUGGAUCUUGGGCCCUGCGUGUUGGAGAGGUAUCGGAGGUUGGAAAGCUUGAUCGCCAGGAGAAGAGCAAAGAAGAAUCUGAGGUUCGAAUUGGAAAAGAAUCUAAUUGAUUUGGAUGUUGACGGUUCAGCUUCGAGUGUGGACGAAUUUUCACGAUUUCAUGCUCAAAUUCCGCCAAUCUCAGCACCAAGACCGAAUCCAUUAGAUCUUUUUAAUGAUUCAGAGGAAACAAGCGCGAUUCCUGGCUCCGCUCCUUCCAUUCUUCAUCAGAGAAAAAGCCCAUUUGACCUUUCUCCUUUUGAUCAAGUGAGUGAAAGCAGCGGCAUCAGCAGCUUGUUGCGAGAGAAUUGGUAUCCUAGAGAGUUUAUGUCCAUUUCACAAAGAGAUAUGUUGUUUAGAAGACACGACAGCUUCAAUUUAUCUGGUGGGGAACUUAGACAGGAGAAGCACUUUUCAAGAUUAAGACCUUAUUAUGCUUCCGACACAAUAGAUUUGGACUUGGGAAGUUCUUCUACUACUUUUCAUAGGCAGUUGAGCGACAAGAGUGAGUCGAAGUUGAGUUUCGUUCUUGAAUUGGAUGAUGUUGUUUCUUCUGUUAAUGAUCAGGAUUACUGUGAAAACACUAUAGAAAAGCAUGACGAGGAAACUUUGGAAGAUGGAAGUCAAUAUUUGGAUGGAGGUGAAUCGAUGGAGGUUGAAGUGGAGAACAGCGAGAUCAGCGCUACUGAUGGUGAUGUGAGUCGUUUGAACGAUGUUGAAUUGUUUGGAUCAUUGGAGGAGAAAGAAGAUAGUGAAGAAAUAAGUUCGAGUUUAACCAUUUUAGAUGCUGAGAAAUUUAAAUUGAUGGAAGAGAAGCAAGGGGGUUUGACAUCCCACGUAUUAUCAGAAGACACUGAGAAAAAGUCCAUUCCUGAUCUUAUCAGCUGGGAAGGAACUGGCAAGAGUCAAAUUUUGCAUAAUACAGGUGAAGACAGUGUUGGUGCAGAUUCGUCCUUAGAAGCCGAGGCAAAAUUAAAUCUAUCCAGAGUGGUUUCAUUUCCAAUGCUGGUUGAGGAGAAAGUAGUCUCAGAACAUGGCGGAGAAAUGCCUGCUAGUGAUGAAACUAAUUUGGUAAAUUUAUUUAGCGUAUCUUCUACAAAGGAAAGUGAGUCAAGAUCGAAAGCGACUGAAGAAAAUGAUUUGAUUGGCAUUAAAUCAUCGACAGUUCAUCAAGCUUCUGUUAAUCUAGCGGCAUCCGAAAUCUCAGGGGGAGCAAAAGCAGGAGAAAGUAAUCUGAUUGAUCUAAAUUCCUAUCCGGAAAGUUUGCUGUUAAAUGGUUUAAAUUCAUAUGCACCCGAACUGGUUCAACCAUCUACUCAGAACUAUCUUAUGCAGCCAUCAUUUCAACCUGAUUUUGGAGACUCGUAUAUCAGUAUUAUGGAUUUACACCCAAUCCCCGAAGUGGACUUCUCUAUGAUCUCUGAGGAGACUUUGAAAGUCUUAAAACUUCAAAAAGAGCAAGGGAACUUGACACUCUCUGAUUCGGUUGUUGGUUCGACUGAACCAGACAUAACAGGAGAGCAAAACAUUGUUUAUUCGGAUAUUGAACGAGACUUGACUCAUAAGUUUGAGGAAGGAAGUCCUUCAGAUAAUGCUCCCACAAUUCAUAUUCAUGAUGGUGGUCCUGUUCAGUUGCAGUUGCUUGAUUCGAUAGAAAGCUUGAAUAAACCAAGUUCAUCACCUAUGGAUUUUGAUUUUCUGAGCAAGCCUGGUAUUGUUUCAACUGAGUCAAGAAAAGAAAUCGCCAACACAGUCCAAACCAAGCGAGAAUUAAGUCCUGAAAAAUAUUUAUAUGAUUCUGAGGAGGAAUGCGAUCAGAUUUAUCCUGAGUUCAUAGGUAUCGAUGAUAUUGACGAAGAUUUGCUGUCGGAAUUGGAUGCAGUAGGAGAUUUUCAUGUAGAAGAAUUAAUGCCAGGCCGGCGGUUCAAUCGAAUGGCCACGGAUUUUUCAAAUACUGAAAUUCACGAAAUUCCUGCGGAGCUGCAAAAUUCUCAAGCUUCUCUUAAUCUCUCUCGAAAUUUUCCCUCAAGGUCUACGGAAGUUGUAGGAACUUUGUUCGGGCCAUCUUCUGGGGACCCUGAGCAGACGGUGUACAAUCCUAGGUUCCGCAUUCUUGAUUCAAGCUCUGCCGAAGAAAUCAAUUCACUACUUAAGCAACUCCAGGAGGAAGAAGAAGAAGCGAAGGUGCCUUUUGUUCCAGUGGCCAAUAAUGAGAAUUCAUCAACAGUAAACAAGGAAGCUGGUUCCAGUGAAUUGGGUUCAACCGAAAGUGAACCCAAACUAAUAGAGAAUGAUUCGGAUAUGGUAGUUCUUGAAGCUAAGCGCAUCGAAGAUAUAGAUUCAGCCAUUAAACAAUUCAAUGAAAUUCUUGAUAAGUCUUCAAUUUCAGAAUUUGGAAGUUUCGAAGUUGUCCAAGGUGAAACGAAUUUUGGGCCAACGGUGGUUGAUUCAGAUGUUCAGGUUAUUGAAGCAAAAUCUUUGGACGACAUAAAUGUUGCUUUGAAGCAGUUCUCUGAAGGUCUUGAUAAAUCUUUAAUUUCAGAAGUUGAAAGUUCUGAAGUUGUCCAAGGUGAAAGGGAUUUUGGGCCAACGGUGGUUGAUUCAGAUACUCAGGUUAUUGAGGCAAAAUCAUUGGAUGACAUAAAUGUUGCUUUGCAGCAGUUCUCUGAAGGUCUCGAUAAACCAUUAAGCUUAGAAGUUGCAAGCUCCGAUGUUAUAGAACGUGAGCGGCAUUUCUUCGAGGCAAUGGCGAUAAUUUCAGAUAUUCAGGUUACUGAAGCAAAAUCUUUGGAUGACAUAGCUGUUGCUUGGAAGCAGUUCUCUGAAGAUCCUGAGAAAUCUACAAUUCCGGAUAUAAGAGGUUCCCAACUUAUACCAGGUGUCAUGGAUAUCGAACCGAUAGAGACUAAUUCAGAUAUUCAGGUUAUUGAGGCAAAAUCUUUGGAUGACAUUGAUGUUGUUCUGAAGCAGUUCUCUGAAGGUCUAGAAAAAUCGUUAAUCUCAGAAGUUGGAAGUUUGGAAUUUACACAAGGUGAAAUAGACUUCGAGCCAACGAUGAUCAAUUCUGAUAUUCUUGUUGUCGAAGCAAGAUCAUUGGAUGACAUAGAUGUUGCUUUGAAGCAGUUUUCAGGCAGCGUCAAUGACAGCAAUUCAGAAGCACAUGAAAAAAGAUGAUUCUGAAGUUCAAUUAGCUAAAGAUUUUGAAAUGGCUUCUAAGAAAUCAGUUUUUGACGAAUCUCAAAGACUUGAAGCAAUGAAGGGGUGUUUCUAGCUCAAUUGCUUCAACCUUGGGAGAAGAUAUAGGAUAAAAAUAAACAUGGAGUCAAGCUGAAGCUCCAACUCUAGCUCAAACGAUUUCGGGUGAUUCAAUGAUGAGCCUCUUUGCUGGUUCUCUUGGUCUAUUCGUUGGUUUUCUGGUUUAAGGGAUUUGUGUUUUCGACGGAAGAGUUUGGAUCUUUUUCGGUCGAUUUUUGUAGAUGUUAUUUGUUUCUUUUUCCUUUUCUCCUCGGUUCUUUCGGGUCAAGAUAUAAUUCGAUUUUUUUGCCCUUGUGAAUAGUGAAUAUUGUUUUUGUUCGAGUUUGAUUGAUUUGAGUUUGGAUCAGAUUUUUUUUUUUUUUUUUUGGUCAUUUGGAUAGAAGGUUGGUGAUCAUAUUGCAUGUAAUUUAAACUUAUAAUGAGUGAUUGGUAAAUUUGAUAUUAUGAGCCAUAUGUUUGAA